UGACUCCACUUGAGCUCUUGCUGAGGAAGGAAGCAUCAUGGUCUUUGAGAAAUCUCUCACAGCCAUGGUGAAGGGCAUCCGCGCCCAUCGCGGCAACGAGUCGGAGUACAUCAACACCUCCAUCGCAGAAAUCAAGAAAGAGAUUCAGUCCACCAACAUGGCCACCAAGUCCAUGGCGAUUCUCAAGUUGGCGUACCUGACCAUGCUGGGCUACGAUAUGACCUGGGCCACCUUCGCGGUGGUGGAGGUCAUGAGCACGAACCGCUUUGGGACCAAACGCCCCGGAUAUUUGGCGUCCAGCAUCUCUUUUACCGAGCAAACGGCUGUGGGACUUCUGACCAUCAAUCUCUUCAAGAAGGACUUUGGGUCGCAAAGUCAAUAUGAGACUGGCAUGGCCAUCAACUGUUUGAGCAACAUUUGCUCCGCCGAGAUCUCUCGCGACAUCAUCACAGACUUGAUGUCCUUGUUAAGCUCAUCUCGAGCGUAUCUGAGAAAGAAGACGGUGCUAUGUCUCUAUCGCAUUUUUCUCAAGGACCCGCCUGCUCUGAAGACGUGUUUUCCCAAGUUGAAGGACCGCCUCGGUGAUGAAGAUCAGGGCGUCCUUACAGCCACGGUGAACACCUUCUUGGAGCUGGCACGGAAGAAUGCCAGGAACUAUUUAUCAUUGGUGCCACAGCUGUACCAUAUCUUGGUGAAGACCACCAAUAACUGGCUGUCCAUCAAGUUACUGAAGGUGUUUCAGCUGCUAUCUCCCUUGGAACCGCGGCUGCCGGCCAAGUUAGUGGAGCCUUUGACCAACAUCCUCAACACCACAAAGGCACAGAGUGUGGAGUUUGAAGCCAUUCGCUGCGUGGUGCGGACCAUGCCGGAAGGGACAGCCAUUGUCGCCUUGGCCAUCGAGAAACUUCAGGUCUUCCUGAACUCUUCCGAUCGGAACCUCCGGUUUUUGGCUCUGGAUCUCUACAAGGAAGUGGUGGAGAAAUUCAAGGCCAACACAUCUCUGACGGAGCUCCAUGAUAAGGUUCUCACUUCCAUCGAGGAAUCAGACGUCACCGCUCGUCGUGUGGCGUUGCAGCUUUUAGAUCGGAUUGUGAACCCCUCCAACUUUCAGGAGGCUGUUCAAAGAUUGCUGGAGUUCAGUCGCAAGGCGAUGCCCAACGACGAGUUCAUCGGGACCAUUCUAAGCAUGGCGGCAAGGGAUCGUUAUGCUCUGGUGGAGGACUUUGCAUGGUACCUGCUGAUCCUUGGUGAGAUCGGUAGGAACAUGGACUCCUCCUAUGGUUCCACCGUGGCGGAGCAGUUCGUUGACAUUUGCGUCCGCGUUCCUCAGGUCAGGCCCUAUGCAGUGACGCUGGCUCUGAGUCUGCUGGAUGCUCCGGCGGAAGCAGAAAACACCCUGUCGCUGUGCACGCCUAUGGUGGGUGCCUGCGCGUGGCUUCUGGGGGAAUACAACGGAGAGAUGGAGAAACCCAGCGAGGCGCAGUUCCUGAGCGGAGCCAAAGUGUUGCUCACGAGUCGUAGUCUGCAGGUCCUGGAUGCCGCCACCCAGACGCAAUGCAUCUGGGCCGCGACCAAGCUCUAUUUAUCUGCGCCGGAACAUGCCCCCGCCGCGGUGCCUGAGCUGCAUGAGUUGUUGAACAGCCAUCUGCCCAGCUUCGUUCGCUCAACGCAUCUGGAUGUGUCGGAACGCGCCACGCUGAGUCUGAACAUGUCGAGCUUCUACAAGGCGGAUGCCGCGGGCAUCGCGGCGGCCAAGGACUUGCUCGCCGAGCCGCUGUUGCCGGUGAAGGCGGAUGCGCAGGCGCAGGUGCCUCUCUCCAUUGAUUUGGAAGAGCCCUUUUUCGUGGUGGAGGAAGCUCAAGCAAGCUUCAUGCCAGUGCGUGCCGAUCCCAAAGAUCCAUAUGCCUUGGCAUCAACCUACAAGGACGACUUGGGCAUCUUGGCCGCCCGCGAAGAAGUUCCUGCACCAGCCGCGGCGGCAGCGACGAGCUCAAUGUACUACUUGGGUUCCAACACGACCAGUGCAACUGCCGAAACAGAGGCGCCCGAGGCAGCACCAGAGGUCAAAGAUCCUUUGGCGCAGAUGCGUGAACGACUUGAAGCGCAACGAGCAGCCGCGCCCAAGUACCAGGUCAUGCGCGAAGAUGUCGCAGCUCCUGGGCCCGGGCCCGCCGGGCCCGGACCCAGCAUCGGACAGGCGCCAGCAUCGUCGAGCACAUGUGCCAUUCCCAUCCCACCUGAAAAGGAAUUGGCGGAUUUGCAAGGACGCUUGUGGACAGUCUGUCACCGAGGGCAGCAUGUGGCGGUCUAUGUUUGCGUGAGAUCGCCUCAUCUCAGGAAGCGACAGAUCCGCUUGGAUCUGCGCUGUGAACGCUUGGAUGCCUCCCUGGAGAUUGCAGACGUGGCGCUGCAGUUCAGCCAAGUUCAGGUUGAAUCGUCUGUGUGCGGUCGCAUCGUGCUGUGCAGUGGGCCUCUGCAACAGAGAUCUGCCAAGGUCAAGGCAAAUCUCGAUUCUUCACCUUUUGUGGCGCCUGGGGUCUUUGACCUUCGCUGCGAACUCGAGUACACGGUCAAAAACGACGGCGGAGAAGCUGAAGCUCAGAAAGUGCCAGUGGAGUUGCGCUUACCGGCCACCACUUUUUUGGUGCCUCAAGCCUUGGGCGAGGACGCUAUGUCAGACUACAUCAGUGAGAACCCUGAGUUGUUGAGUCACCAGACAUCGCAGGCGGUCAGCUUUGAGAAGAGCGUCAGCGACCUGCCGAUGCUGGUUGGAAGGUGUGCAGGCUUGUGCCACUUUCAUGGCAUUCAGCAAGCCUCUGGGCAGGACAUGAAGUUCAUCCUGGUGGCUGCAACACUGCCUGCCACUGCUACUCCAUUGGAGGGCCAAUCAGCAGCUCCCAGCAAUGCACUGGUGAUUUGCCGCUGCGCCGCCUUGGUGAGG